AUGAACCCGCAUGAAGAAGAGGAGGACGAAGGCCCAUCUGUAGACUCUGCAAUUGCCGAGGAACGUAUAGCAGCCCGAAGAAUACGAAUACAGAGACGAUUGGAAGCUGCGAAAAGGUUGCCUUAAGUUAAUCUUAUUUGUCCUUUAAACUUGUAUUUUAUGUGUAUUACGUACCAUUGUUAAGUUAGUUAAUGUAAUUUUAACGUCUAGAGAAGCAAGUGGGGAAGAUGCCGCAAAAAAGAAGCCCGUGGACUCGGAAAAAGAUGCACUCAAAAGUCGAAAACAAAUGGAAGAUAGCCGGCAGGUGACUGACAAGAAUAGUGUAUUUAUUUGUAAUCUUUAAAAUGACUCAAAAGACAAGGAAAUCCUCAUACUGACGAACAUAAACAUGUCACUGAGGCCUGGUUCAGACGCUGCUCCACUUAUGUGCAGAACCUACGUGUAACUGAUGAAUUAAGUACUGCAAAAGAGUGGCGUCUGAAUCAAUCAGGGGCACCCAACGAGGAUAUAGUUCAAAACCACUUAACAUAGCAUUGUUGAACGUAUUUUAGUAUUCAAACGGUAGAUAUAGACGUAUUUUUAUCCCCUAAAAACUUUUCAUCUGUUCGGAUUUCCUAGCUGAAAGUCUAGUGAUCCGAAAAUUAUAGGGAUAAAAACUUACCUUCUGGGAAAUUUCAGCCAGGAAAAGGCUCCCGAAAAUUCUAGGUGACCUUUUGUUGGGUCAAAAUCCGUUAAAAAUGGGUAAUUAUACCAUUUUGUAGAUGUUCGAAAGUCCUAGGAGAGGCAGGCAAGCAAGAAAUUUUACAACAAAUGCUCCGAAAAUUCUAGAUCUCAAAUCGUCUUCCGAACAGAUAUUUUCCCGAAAAUUGCCGUUGGGUGCCCCUGAUCAAUUAGGUACAGCAGUUUUAGUUUAGUGCGAGAAAAGCGUUAAGUUUGACAGAGUCUGUCGAACUUUUGUCAAACUUAACUUGGGCGAGACACACGGUGUGCCAUCUGAAUCAGAUGUCACACCAGUGUCACUCCACGUCAAACUUAUUCAGUUAGGUUCGGCAUAUAUAAAGUACGGCCUCUGAACCAGGCCUGAGUGAUUUUUUUUAAGUACCAGGCAUUUCUGGAGGAAAAGGAGUAAGAGUGAAGUGAACAGCCAAGAGAGAGAAACUUCUCCUCUUUCUCCCCUCCCCCCUCCCCCCUCCCCCGUCUAAAAUCUCCUCUCCCUUAAGCCCCAAGGGAGACCUGAUACUCGGGCUACUGAGUGAUUCGUGAGAGUAUGUUAAAGUAUGUGAUGACUUUUUCUUUGGAAAAUGCUUUUUGUUGUCAGAUCUAAUGGUGAUUUGAUUUUAGUGCAGUUUUUAUUUAUCUCUCCUACAACUGAGGAUUUACUUGAGACCCUCAACUGCAUUGUGACAAAAUUUUUUUAAGCCUUUUUGCAAGCAACAAUUUAUAAAGACUUUUUAGCAGAUGGUUUUAAGUGUAACUGUUGUCAGAGCUGUCACUGAAGGCUGGGGCCAAGGAUUUCCCCAGCAACUUUCAAAGGAAAUAAGAGGAAAACAGAACAAUAAGAACUUUCAUUGCAGCUAUUUGAUUUUUGAUCCUGCCUGACUAUUAAAUAAUUGUAUAUAUUGAACAACUAGAAAUCUCAGUGACAGCUCUGUAUCACUUAUCCAACUCAGGUGCAGUCAAUAUUAUUUGAUUGUACUUGAUUUGAAGCAGAGAUACGGAUUUGAGCUGUUUCGUACCAAUGAAGUAAUAGCAAAAGAGGAAAUAAAAUUUAAAAAUGUGUGAAUUACCUCUGCAAAAUGGGUGAUUCCAAAAACUAUCCUUACCGUACUAUGGAUGGCUUUUUGUAAUUCCAAGGGCAAUGUCAGGGGGUGGGGGGAGGUUGAACUGGAAAUUCGAAGGUGUGGUGAGAUACUUAGGAUUGGAAUUCAAAGGCAUGAGGGAUUAGAUCUGGAAUUUCCACAGGGGACAGACAAGAGUGUAUUCCUUGAAAGCGCUUAUUUUAUGGCUUUAAUCAAUGCAAAUAAAGUGCAAACUGAUGGCACUGGUGGUUGUUAGCACUUGUUUUUGUUUUGUCUGGGUUAAAACAUGUGAAAUGCAAAUUCAAGCAAAAGUGCUAAAACUUCUGACAGCAUCAGUGAGUAUUCAAAGAAGUUGGGUUAUACAGAUAAUUAUUAGUUACAUUAUGGUAAUGGUUUCUUGACUUCCUGGUUGUAGCGUUUGGUCAAGCUCAAAUCUGAUGGCACAGAACUGGUGACCAAUGUACAUGUUGCAGCUGAUGCAAGGGAAUCUAUGAGGAGAUUGGAAGAGGAAGAACAACGGAGACAAAGGUUACUCAAUUGUUUCACAAAAAAUUAUUUAGAAUUGACCCCUGUGGUUCAACUGUUUUUAUAACUUAACUUGCAACUCUAUUAGACUUCAUAUAUUUCUUCAGGAAUUGAUGAUAGAAGUAAUAUUGUACAUGAUUUUUUUGUUAUUAUUUUUUUCCUUAUUUUUCAGGAAUGAGAAACUGGAAGCAGAGGCAAAAUCUGCUACAGAAAAAUUUGAGGAGGUAAGUCCUUGUUUUGUUUUAGUCUUUUUAGUCUUGUUACAUAAAAUGUUUUGUGUUAUUUUAAAGUCGUUUCUGGAGGCCGAUUUCUAAACACAAGGUGGCAGUUGCCACUCUCACCUCUUUUGUCUCUAACUGACUUUUGGCACCCUUGGCACUACGAACACAUUAUGAAGGUGCACUUAUACAUGUAGCUUGUUAUAAGCCUUUAUGUGCUGAAUAAUUAUUUAAAAAUAAAUGUCUGUUUGAUUCACUGAUUUGUUAGAAUUUUUAUGUAUUAGUUGUAAGGUUCCAAAAAUCUGGUGAUUGUGUGCUGUGUAUUGCCAUGCUGACUGUUUUACGUCAUCUCCUGUUACCAGGUUACCAAAAAAUGGGAAUAUGCUCUUUCUAAAGAAAUACCACAGGACUUAAAUGGAGUGAGUAUCNAAGCUCAAAUCUGAUGGCACAGAACUGGUGACCAAUGUACAUGUUGCAGCUGAUGCAAGGGAAUCUAUGAGGAGAUUGGAAGAGGAAGAACAACGGAGACAAAGGUUACUCAAUUGUUUCACAAAAAAUUAUUUAGAAUUGACCCCUGUGGUUCAACUGUUUUUAUAACUUAACUUGCAACUCUAUUAGACUUCAUAUAUUUCUUCAGGAAUUGAUGAUAGAAGUAAUAUUGUACAUGAUUUUUUUGUUAUUAUUUUUUUCCUUAUUUUUCAGGAAUGAGAAACUGGAAGCAGAGGCAAAAUCUGCUACAGAAAAAUUUGAGGAGGUAAGUCCUUGUUUUGUUUUAGUCUUUUUAGUCUUGUUACAUAAAAUGUUUUGUGUUAUUUUAAAGUCGUUUCUGGAGGCCGAUUUCUAAACACAAGGUGGCAGUUGCCACUCUCACCUCUUUUGUCUCUAACUGACUUUUGGCACCCUUGGCACUACGAACACAUUAUGAAGGUGCACUUAUACAUGUAGCUUGUUAUAAGCCUUUAUGUGCUGAAUAAUUAUUUAAAAAUAAAUGUCUGUUUGAUUCACUGAUUUGUUAGAAUUUUUAUGUAUUAGUUGUAAGGUUCCAAAAAUCUGGUGAUUGUGUGCUGUGUAUUGCCAUGCUGACUGUUUUACGUCAUCUCCUGUUACCAGGUUACCAAAAAAUGGGAAUAUGCUCUUUCUAAAGAAAUACCACAGGACUUAAAUGGAGUGAGUAUCGAUCACAAUGAGUUUAGCAACAGCAGAGUUGCAGUAUCUUGAUUUGAUCAUUAAAAGAGUGUAGAAUGGUGUUUUUUGAUAGGUGCACUUAUUCAUUAAUUUUUGUGUACCUUGUAGAUGCUGAUGGAACAAAAAAGUGCAUGCGAUAGCAUGAUAGAUGAAAAGAACAAGCUCAUCCAUGAUUUUCAGCAGGUUUGUGAGCUUGUUUCUAAUUUAUUAGUUAUUCAUUUUUAAUAAUAUUGUUGAUAAAGUUGGUUACGGCUUGGAGGCUAUAAAAAACUUAGCCGAGACUUGAUUCAUAAAGAAAUGUCACUGAUCAAAAAUGGAGCCUUGAAAAAAAUACUACACAGUUCCACUUCUUCUUUGUUAGAUACUCUGUUUAGGGAAGCAAGGGCAAAAAUGCAUCCCUUUCAACAGCAUAUCACUAUAUAAUACCGUGGUGGAUCCAGGGGAGCCCCCCCCCCCCUUAUUUUUAGACCAAACUGAGGCCCAAAGGGCCGAAAAAAAUUUUUUGGGGAGAUCAGCCCCCGCUCCCUUAUUUAAGGGUCUGGAUGACCGCCCCCCGCUACUUAUCUCAAGGUCUGGAUCUGGCACUAUAAUAAAUACAAGCUAAGUUUGUGCCCCACUCCCAACCCUAGAGUUAAAAAGUAAAAAAUUCUCUUAUAUUGUUAUUCAUUUUUUCUAGGAACUCAAGUCCAAAGACGACCAGUAUGUUAAAGACUUAAAGAAGGCUGUAAGUUUUCUUCUUUAAAACACCAAGAAAAAAUUGUGGUUUCCUUGUUUGUUUCUCUAGGAGCACUGUAAGUACAUGUGAUUUAUCUUACUGGGAAUAAAUGCACCGUGAAUCACCCAUGAUGUAAAGAUUUGGAAUAAGUUUAAGAAAUGAUCCUUGAUCCUUGCAGUGAUAUACACAAAUGAAGAAAUUUCUUUGAUAUAUACAAUGUAGGCCUGGAAGAAAUGUUCAACCACAGAAAAGCUGAUUUGCAAGGCAAAGACUGUUCAAGCAUCAAGAAGUGUUUUCAGUGAUUUUUCUUUCUCCCAAACUAUUAUCACAACAGGGGUCAUACAAUCUUGAAAAGGUCUUGAAUUGUGGUAGUUGUGUUGAAAAGUCCUUGAAAUUCACUACCUUGUCUAAGCCAGACAUCCGUUUUCUGUAAAAUUAGAUUAUUUCGCUGAGGAAAAUCUGGCUCAUCCCUUGUGUAAGAAACUACAUGUAUAAAACUCCCGCGGAACUUGAAAACAUAUUUGUGCUUGAACAAUAUUUUAUUUCUGUUUCUUUACUGUUGUUGCUGAAGUUGUUGCCUUGUUUCUUUUCUGUUUCAAAUGCUAUUUCUGUACCUUAGAUGCAGUUGCAAGUCAUACCUGGUCAUUUUUCCUUGAUGUUUUUUAGCCAAUAAGGUGUUCAAAAGGGGGAUAAAGAAUGCUGAUUUUUUGAAUAAAUCUUUGUCCUUCAAAACUGUGAUUUGUCCUUGAAAAAUCCUUGAAAAGUCCUUGAAAUUUGUUUGUCUGAAGUUGUACGAACCAUGUUAUUUGAUUUCAUAUCCAAGGCUAUAAUGUACCUGAUUUUCUAUUGCAUUAACAUGUACCGCACCUUACUUCACAGUGUUGCAAACAUUGCAGGAUAAUUCAUGUAUCUCCAUUAGCUUUCAGCUUGUCACUUUCAAACUUAGCACAUUUAUGGAUAAAAGUGCUCUUGCUAGCACUGUAUUGAUUGAUUUUGGGUAAUUUAAUUUUUCCUUGUCCAAAAAAAAUUUCUUUUAUAGUCUUAACUGCAAUUUCUCUGAUCAAUGUACGUAUAGAUCACUGUAGGGGUGGCUACUUUUUCAUUUAAUUAUUGCAGUGUUCAUUUAUUAAUUUUGUGCUUGUUAAUCAGGCUGAAGAUGUUGACCUCAUGGUAGAGAGGAUGGAGGAACAGAUGAAACAGCUAACAAAAGCUUAUAGGGAAGAACUAACACAGACCGAGGUUUGUUUUUAACAGAUCUGACCAUCAACAUACAAUCAGUGAGAAAAAUUUAAACCAACAUAUAUAUAAAAAAAAGUAGGCUUCAAUUGAAAAAGAAAAUACUGGAUAUGGUAUACACUUAAAAAGGGUUAAUAAAAGAAUAAUUUUUUUAGGCUACUGUAUACCUGCAUUAGCCUUAGUCUCCUUGUAACUGACUGCUGUCAUGAACAGAAUUGGUAUGACUUGGUAGAAACAAAGUUACAAAUGUUAGUGGAAAUGGCUUUAUUCAAAGAAAGCAUUUUAAAUUGCAGAAAGCAUUUGUUACUGAGAGGGCUGAAUUGAUUGAUAACAACAGAAAGAAAUGGGAUACUUCCAUGCUGCAGAGACGUGACAAAGAGGUACUGGUUGAGAGCAUUUAUACCUUUCCUAUCACUCCCGUGCUGGUUGGCAAUCNAUUAAUUUUGUGCUUGUUAAUCAGGCUGAAGAUGUUGACCUCAUGGUAGAGAGGAUGGAGGAACAGAUGAAACAGCUAACAAAAGCUUAUAGGGAAGAACUAACACAGACCGAGGUUUGUUUUUAACAGAUCUGACCAUCAACAUACAAUCAGUGAGAAAAAUUUAAACCAACAUAUAUAUAAAAAAAAGUAGGCUUCAAUUGAAAAAGAAAAUACUGGAUAUGGUAUACACUUAAAAAGGGUUAAUAAAAGAAUAAUUUUUUUAGGCUACUGUAUACCUGCAUUAGCCUUAGUCUCCUUGUAACUGACUGCUGUCAUGAACAGAAUUGGUAUGACUUGGUAGAAACAAAGUUACAAAUGUUAGUGGAAAUGGCUUUAUUCAAAGAAAGCAUUUUAAAUUGCAGAAAGCAUUUGUUACUGAGAGGGCUGAAUUGAUUGAUAACAACAGAAAGAAAUGGGAUACUUCCAUGCUGCAGAGACGUGACAAAGAGGUACUGGUUGAGAGCAUUUAUACCUUUCCUAUCACUCCCGUGCUGGUUGGCAAUCACUCUAAUCCGGCCAUGAGCCUUCAUACAGUCAUCUGGGCUGCACCUGUCACACUGUAUUAAUGGUGAAUUAGAUAUGGGCUGGAUUGCAAGGAAGAUCGAAUCAGGAUUGCCCAAGAAUGCAGACGUAUUUACAGUCGUCAUUUUUCUUCACCCAGAAAGUAACGCCUGUGACCCCUGAGCCACAAAACAAUUUCUGUGUAAUAUCAAUUCACCACUUUUUUAGUUUUAGUUAUAUUGAGAUAAAAAUGCGAGUAUGAGUGCAUCAAUUGUCAUAUUAUUUUCCUUUCACUGUAGCAAUUAUUUUAUGUCACAUCGUACUACAUGUAUUUCAAGAGGUGAAGCCAAAGGUCCAUAACUUUAGAACCAUUUUGCCGUUAACCAAAGAAAGCAGCAUUCACCAUCACAUGAAAGCUAGUCAUAGUCAUGAAAUUCACAUUCCACAGGGUACACUUUAAAAAAGUUCGUCAAAAUCCAAGACACGCCAGUAUGAGAGGUUAGCAACCAGCUGCUGACCCAUUUGUUGCUUUGUAUAAUAUUGUAGGUAGAAUAUAUGGAGUCACGCCGCAAAAGAGUUGAAGAUCAUGAAAAUCAGUUGCAGACUUUGAGGGUUCAAGAUGCAGAGGAGUACAACAUGGUGAAGAUCAAACUGGAGACGGAUGUACAGGUAGGUUUCCUGUGUUUGCCAUUUAAGUCUCCAUCAAAAUUAAUGUUUAUGUUUUAACACAAAAUAGAAGUACUGGGUACCUUGUAUCCCGUAGGUUUAAUUUUGGGAGGUUCCCAACAAUUUAUUUUAUGAAAGCUCAACUUUGCUGUCCAUUCAUUACUGUCCUUUCCAUUUAAGUAUUAUGUGCAGUGGGUACACUUGUCAAGUAAUGAUCCAUUUUAUAGAAAGCUGUUUUUUCCAUCAGUGACACAGGCAGCCUGGAAGAAACAAAUCUGAAUACCGGGGGUAGGGGGCCACAGGACCUUCUGGUUACUACCCGACUGACUGCCCCUGGGUCUCCGAGGAUGGAUGCUCUACCACAGAGCUACAGGAGACUCGUGGGAGCUAAGGCCACUAAACUAGGUUCCUGUGACAAACAUCCUGCAUAUACUGCUAGGACUGGAAUGGCCAUAAUUACGUACUUUAUAUACACAAUGAUAGCAAUAUUAUAGUGAAUUUAUAGCAUGGUGAAUACGUGUGAAAUUUGUUGUUUAAGUCGGUGACACAGGCAGUUCAAAUGAAAAACAGUUUUGUUGAAUAGAUUUAGACUACUCAUGAGUGAAGGUGAGUUUUAUUUUCCUUCUUGGUGUUUAGAUUUUGGAGCAACAGCUUCAGCAAAUGAAAGCCACAUACCAGCUGAACCAAGAAAAACUUGAAUACAACUUUCAGGUUAGUCAAAUGAUGUAAAACCUGUUUCUCAUUAUAAGCUGUUCUGAUGUUAAUGAAAAUGCUUUUUAUUGGCUCAAAGACUGUGAUCCAAUUUAAUUUGGUUGAAUAGCGUUAACUGUCAUUCUGCCUUCCAAUUCUGAUCUGUAAGUCCAAAGUGGACAUAUGUACUGCUUUCAAAAAAUGGUAUGCUAUCCCACCUUAGGAGUUCCCGAUCUGGCAUUAUCUUUCACUCGUAUCUUGCAGUCUUUUCCAACUACUAACUGACUUACUGGUAGUUGAUACUUGAGUUAGCUUGCUGCUAGCCUACAAUCGUGUCACAUUUUAAAAUAGCAGAGCUCAAUAACAAAAAAUAAAUUAAGGCUUGUCCAGGACCAAUUUGCUCCCUUGUUUUUGCAAAUGAUUUAGUUGGAGCCUUGCCCAUCAUGGGCAAGGGAGCUUUAAGAGUAACAAUGCCCCGUAAGAAAAUCUACAAGUCUUAAGUCUGUCUAUCACAACUCUCCUCUGCAGUCAUUUAUUGGGUUGUUGCAACAACACCAAAAACGGCUGCCUAGGGGACCGUACAGGGAAGUCUGCUAGUUUUUUGGGAUGCAAACUCUCUAGAAUGGUAAUCUUCAAGGUUACAUUAUAAUCAAAAGUUGAGGAAAUCUUCGUCUUACGUGGCUGUACCAAGCCUGAAUUCAGCUAUGAAUUGGAGACAGACACUGACAACAUCUUUGCAAUUUACAUAGCCUGUUCCAGGCGUUCAGAUAGUAGAGCGCCGGAAAAAAAUUGAGGGGAAAAUAGGAAAAGGGGAGGCUCAGGGUGCUCGAGUUAAGAAUGUUUACAGGCGUUCCCUUGCUCUCGCCCCAUUCUCCCCUCGUUUUUUUCUCCCCGUUUACGAUUUAACUCGGUCCCCAUCAUCUGACCGCCGUGCUCUACUAUCUGAACGCCUGUAACAAGCUACAAUUUACAAUGCUUAAAGACCCUGAACUAAAAGGACAGGUCCACAUAAUCAAGUUCACUCUCAGUCAUUUCUAAAAAAAUUAUUUGACUUGUUUUAGGUCCUGAAAAAACGAGAUGAAGAAAACACGAUCACAAAGUCACAACAGAAGCGGAAGAUCACUAGGUCUGCAUUCUUUAAUAAUAUAAGAAUAUUACGUCCUGUCCCGACCCUCUGUGCACUCUGUAUCUGAUAGUUAAAGUCAUUCGACGAUCUUCCAUCAAAUCAUCGAUUGUUAUAAUAAAUUUUGUGGUUUUUCUUUUAGGCUCCAGGACGUGCUUAAUAACUUAAAACAGAAAUUAGCCAAGCAAGAAAAGCAAUAUAGGUAAAAUUGUUAAACAACUUGUCAGUGGUUUCUAGGAGGGUAUAAUUUAAACUUAGGUUUAAGAAGGCUAAGUGUCUGUUCAUUGGCUUUUUGAUAGGGAGGACAACCAAGCUCUGACAGAUGAUUACAAGAGAAUUACUGAGCAGUUUAGAGAACUUCAGAAAAAGUCGAGGUGGGAAAAAUAUUCUCCGCUAACGUUUAUAAUUUUGGGUUUCUAUGAGCAAUACUCUUUCCCUAUUUGUGGAAUAAAGGACAGUACCACUAUUUGACCUUCCUUUUCAGACAUUUCCAAACGACAGAUCAAAAGAAGUUUCACGACAUCUGGGCCAUGAAUGAGGAGCAAGUCAGGGAACUGGUACACAGUGUUUUAGAGGAGGAUAGAAUUAUACAUGAGCAACAGCUGGGGUUGCCGUGGGAAGCCCCGGAUCUGUAAGUACUAUCCAAUGGCCUGUGUCUCAUUUUCACUACAUUCCAUCGAUGUCAUCGAUUGCAGCAAAAUCACCUAUUUAAGUUCCGUGACUUGUAAGUUAAGGCCAGCUUUUUAUCUGUUUGGAUGUCUUAGGGGAACUUUGGUCGUCUUGGAAGGUGUAGGUGGCUUUUUCUUCUAAUUCGAAACUGUUAGUUACCCUGAUGGGUCUAAUCGAAGUCCGAUGACAUGGAGUCGCCGUGCUUUUAUAAAAUUUUAAGGGAAGUUUUGUCUCCAUACCGAAAGCAAAUGCAAAGAAAAAUCGCAAUAUUUUGGGAAUAAAAUGUGGAAAACUCAACUUCCGCAAAAUCGUAGGAAAGUUAGUAGAUAAGCUCCAAUCAGUUUAAACGGAUGUAGCCUCCCGCGCAGGCGUUUUUAGGGAAGUCGUAUUGCUUCAGUCCCCUCCCCACAGCCGAGGCAACUGAAAAGUCAAUUAGUUCGCGUAAUUUUGCGUGGAAACUUCAGGAAAUAUUGGGUGUCAUUGGAGGUGAUGCUUUUCUUUCUACACUCCCUUUCCCUUCCCUUUCAAACGCCUGCCACGCAGACUAUAGUAAAAAAAUUUGGUUAAACUUCAUUGUGGGUCUUUCUGCGAGAAAGUCAAAUUUAAUCUUUGAAUGUUUGUGCAAGAUCUUCAACCAAAUUGCUUGAGCAAGUGCUAAGCAAUAUAACUCGGCCAAUUUUACCAGGAUCAGCCCAGUGGUAAUGUCAACUUGUGAGUUACUUCCACCUCGCUAAGACUGCUUAGUGUCUGCUUUGAUAAUGCUGCUUGUUUUUCGGUGAUGUAGUACUUCUUUUACAGAGAUUUUAUGAACAGGCCAGUGGAGUCAACUGCUGGACCCAAAAGGAAACAAAUGUCAGCUACUCAGAUGGCGCAUGAGAUCAUGUCCGGAGGUUAGAUGAUAUCAGCUCUUAUUGACCUGUUGCUAGAGAUACCAGCUCUUAUUAACCUGUUGCGAGUGAUACUAGCUCUUAUUGACCUGUUGUACAGCACUCCAACAGUUUUGCUUUUAUACUUGUAUGUGUGUUUUAUCGCGCUAUUUUACCUCUCGCCACUUAAAUUUUGACUUUUGAUAGCAUUGACGAAACUAGCCGUUGAAGAAGCGAAUAAAAUGCUGCAUGGUUUGUUCGAUUUGGUUGUAGAAAUCUCGGAUUUUGAAUUGGCCAUAAAUUUUUAUGGGUUUGUACACACAUCGAAAGCAGUAAAUUUUGCAAUUUAUCACCAACUCUGUAGGACCAUUUGAGGUUUUUGCCUCUUUUUAAGUAACGAAACUUUUAAUACACGUUAAUUUUCAUUGCUACCCCCAAGAUCGCGUAGGUGACCCUUUACUGCUCCUUUUAUAAUUGUUAUUCUAACAUCUACUUGCAGUCGGAAACUCAGGUCACAUCAGUAUUGAUAUUAUAGGUCUAUUUUACUCUCACUUUAACUCUCCAAAAAUCCGGCAGUUUAAUUUCGUACGUUUUAUUUGGGACGGACAAUAUUUGGACUUGAUUUUGGGCAAAAUAAUAAAUACCUUUCUCAGAUACUAUAGAUAGGUUUUGUAAGCGUGCAGUCGAACAUGGCUAUACUGCUAAGUUCACUCCUAUAACUGAUUUGAUACGACAAAUAGAUUUGGAAUUUUGGAACAAGGUGACCACUGACAAUCACUGUUUAAAUGAUCUUCUCCCCAUGAAGGGUUCGCGGGAACUAAGAGACAGGGGUCAUGAUUAGUAUACGUUUUGCAGCUUGGUAGGACUGAUAGGUUCAAGCUGAAUCAGUUUUAUCAAUAGAUGUUAACAGCAUCAUCAUCAUCAUCAUCAUCAUCAUCAUCAUCAUCAUCGUCGUACACAGCCGUCUUUGUGUCAACUAGAAUGAGGUAUGAUGUAAAAUGGUUUGACAGUCUAAUUUUACUUUUCCACUUGACUUGUUUGUGUUAUAGCUGGAACAGAUGAAGGAGAGGAUGAUCUAGAACAAGGCUCAGGCGUUAGAGAAUUUCAACAAGAUGGGCAGAUCGGUCAGGGAAAAAGGUUGUCAUCCAAAACGAUCAAGGCUAUACUGGAGCUGAUCUGCGAUGAAGCGGUGAGUAUAUACGCACAGAAUCCACAAGUGGGGUGAGGGACAUGGCCCCGCCCUCGCUGGAAAAGUUUGAGGAGCUAAGUUUUCUGAAACCGCCGUCAUUCCCUCAUUCUUCCCUAAAACGGACACCUAGAGUUGGUCCCUGCAGUUUUUCAGCCAUUUUCUUUGACUUGCUACAUGGCAACCAAAAACCUAUAACGGUCGCCUAGAGUUGUUCCCUCGUGUUUUUCGGUCAUUUCCUUCGAUUCUCGGUAAGGCAAACACCACCCUUAUACGGACACAUGGAGUCGGCCCCUGCCUUUUUCCAGCCAUUUUCUUUGAUUUUCUAUUAUGCUGGUCGGCCAACGGGUGUCCGUCUUAAAAAAAACUGACGUAGUUACGCGCCGUUCGAUCAGGUAUGUUCUUUUGAGCUGUUCAGUUAUUAAAUAAGGUAUUUACGAUCGUGUGAGGGGGUUUCUUUGAAUUGUCUUAGCAUGUCCUAAAUCCAUGUUAAAAACAAGACUGCCCGUUAAUCAAACCCAUGUAAAAGAUCCAAGACAGUCUUGGAUUCUGGAUUCCACAAUCAAACAUUUUCUGGAUUCCGCAAUCCGGAUUGCCUUACACGGGGCGACGUUUAAAGACGCUAGUUUUCCGUGCACAGAUAAUUAUCAGGAGCGUGUUCCUGAAAGUCUUCUUUGGAAGAACCUUCGCACGCCACCCCUCCCCUCCCCCCGAAAAGUACCGCUUAGCAGCUUCCGGAUGCAAAAUUUUAAAGGUCAUUCCUCCGAAAAAUAGGAACGGACUGCACAGUAAAAAGCGAAGAACAUAAGUAUGAGGGCUUAAAAUACUGUUUAAUACUGUCAUUCUUUUUACAGGGAUUUCUUGUGGAGUCCAAACUAACCAAACUUCUUGCACCUCUUGAAAGGGAUGAGCAGUCGCUAAUGAAGCUUGACGCCAUCUUUGCGGUAAGAAAGUUGUUGCGGUGUCUAGAAUUUUAGAUUCUUCUGCCUGACCCACGACCCACCCACCUACCCCCAAUAGACAAUCUCUCAAUCAUUGUAAUGUUAUGCGCUCAACAUGUUUUGUCAACGUUGAAUGCCAUGGUAGUACCCUGUGUCGUAACCUUCGUUUUUUAAUAUUACUUUUUAUAUUGUUUUGAAUGUUUUUUGAUAUAUUGUUCUUUAAAAAUAAAAAUCACUGUCUAAAAACAAAGAAUUUUUGAGCUUUGGAAACAACUGCAAAGCAAUUGAAAAGCUCGACCCUGGUGACCAGGGCUGUAGCCUGUCCGCAGCGAGUGGCGAAGCCGUGAGAAGAAUGGAGCAGAAACAACAGUUUUCAUUUUUUUCUUGCAGACGCCUCUGUUUUAAUUUCUUGCAGGUUCACCACCCAUUUGCGCGCUCGCCAACCUCGUCCCCAGGGCUUUUGCCUUAAAAAAUGGGUGAGGCGGGAAAAGGCCCACCCAUUUUUUAAGGGAAAAGCCCUGGGGACGAGGUUGGCGCGCUCGCUAAAGAAAACUGCCAGCCACGCAGGCUAAAUUUAGCCAGGAACCGCUAACCAUAUAUAUGAGCCCCUGACUUAACUCAACAUUGUCACUAAGUUAUCAGUUAGGGGAAAAUGUUAAGUUGGGAGAGGGAUAGGUAUGCAGUUUUCCACAACCUUAUAGCGCUCCUUCUUGUUAUAUGAAGGCCAUGGGUGUAGACACAGAAGACGACAUCUAUCUACUGUCCAGCUACUUCCUAAACAGAGUUCCCGGGCUUGUGGACGGAGAGCAGGCGGCGCAAGGAGCCGAGAAAGAUGUGAAGAAGGAAGACGUGGAAGGAGAGAAAGGAAGUUUGGAGGAAAAAGCUGUCGGGAUGGAUGAGGCAGAGAAGAAAGAUGACGAAGGUUCUGUUGUUUACAGCGUAGAUGACAAAGCCAGUGAUUCAUCAUCAGUCAAAGCUCAUUUGUCAGGUGACGUGUCCACGGAUUUCCUUUAACAUCGGGGAGCUUAAUCAAUAACGACGGCGACGGCUACGGCACGAAAACGUCACUUAAAAAGUAAAUUCGCCCUGCUUUAAAAUUCUUCGCUCAUAUUCCAUCUCCCUCAAUUCGUCAAAUGUUGGCAAAUUUUUCUGGAGUUGAAUUCAGAAAGACUUUCUGAAAGUUCAGAAAAAAGGAAAGGAAAGUCACGUCACGUCCUCGACAAAACGUGAAAUUAUAAGGCAUUUUACGUCGUACUCGUGCAGUGACGGCAAAGAAAUGUACCAAAAAGCGUGAUGCACGUACAAUGAUGUUAUUUAGCUAAUCUCAGUAAACCAAUUGCUUUUUCGACGUUCUCGUUUCCGUCACCGUCGUCGUUGCUUAAGCUCCCUAUUAAGCGACAGUGCGAAGAACCUGCCUCGUACCCAGACGUCUCUCUCUCUCUCUCUCUCUCUCUCUCUCUCGAUGAAAAUUUGGGCGCAAGGGAAGGUGGGAAGGAGUGGCCUCUCCUCCUUCUCGUUCCCAUGGUCCCUUGCGCUUCGUCACCAGUCACUUGAGUUUCCCACUCGCCUCCGAGCGAAAUUCGAAGCGCCUGAGGGGAGACAGAAUUAGAAUUAGGAAAUUAAGUAGCGCAGAAAGAACUUGAAUUUCCAACAUUUGGAAUUGUUAGUAAUGAGGUUACAGAUAAAAGCCAUUCAGUGCUAUAAAAAGAGCCAUUGAAGUCACUGACCUUCAUUUGCUUGAUGAAUCAAAUUCUGAAGGAAAAUUAUUUUAAUUCAGGAUUCUGCAUUUUCAGCAAGAGACGAAAAUAUAAAGAUCAUUUUGCGAACAGGCUAGACUGAAAGCAUUUCAUAGGAACACACCCCGCCGUGUCUGACUUCCCGAAUGUUUUGGGACUUAAGAGAUAGUAUAUUCUGUCGACUCGAUGUUCGUCACGUCACCUCUUAGCAUCGUUCAAACAAAUGUUAAGGAUUCGUCAUUACGGAUAAUGCUCUAAAACUGGCCCCUUUCAUUUUGUUAAAAUAAGUUCCAUGUGGUGAAAUAUACAUCACCAAAGUGCAUUAUGCGUUUCUGGUUGCACGCGAGUACUUUAAUCCACUCAGGUUAUGGUCAGAGUUGAAGAGGGCGCUUUUUUUUCAGCCCUAUUCUCCCCUAGCCUGCAUAGGUAGCAGGAUUGUUAUGCGCGGGGUAGACUGUUCACAGCCUUUUUUCCCGUAAGAUCGUCGAGAUCAAGCGCUUUGCGUUACGGACGGCCAUCUUGGAUGAGUGUCAAAUCUACUUAGGGGUAGGGGGGACGGUUAAACUCCGAUGCUCGCCCCCUCGGUACAUAUGAAAGACGGCUUCCAAUACAGGUAAGCUCUCGAUCUGACGAUCUUACGGAAAAAAAUAGGGGACUGUGAACAGUCUAUGCGCGGGUGUUAUUUUUAAGCGCGGCGAAUUCGCGAGUGGUUAACUUGUUCCUAAUCUUCUCGCAAAACAGUACAGCAUUCACAAGUUAAUCUGCACUCACCCUCUAAACCACCAACCUCUCAGGCCAUAUACCCACCGACUGACGGCAUUUGCUACUUUCUAAAUACGCCUCUUCUUUAAAAACCAAAUAAGGCAACACACAAUAUUUUAUGUACGCUUAUACGAAAAAAUAGCCUGCACUACAGGUCAAUACAUCUCGUGGUUUUAAGAUAUGUUAAAAUGUUUCUACACCACUUUCUGUCUCUGCUCCUUGAAGCAAAAUAGGAAUGUUUUAUUUUUUUUAAAUUCUUUUACAGAAAUGACGCAACUUAUUCACCCGAACGAAGUUGUUAGAUCAUUAAGGCAAUUUGUGCAAGAAAACCGCCAGCCCCAAAAGUAAGUGUCGUUAUUUUACUUGGACAAAAUCCUGAUUUUUCCACUUUGAAAAAUACAGAUUCGUCAACGCAUUUUUUUUUGUUUUCUUUCAAGGGAGACUAAGCGUCAAAGUAUAAAGCUUGGGACUGAAGUUGGACGAAUUACAACGUAUGUAUACCUUUAUUAGUUUUGAUUAGAUUAAUCUACUAAAAAUCCAAUAAUAGCAAAGUUAUUAUUAUUGUUGCCGCGCAAAAUAAAUUACAGUAAGUAGCAGAAAAAUCAUACCAAAUAGAUUAAGAAGAUUUAAUUAAAAUUAGUAAACAGCUUGGAAGGUGACUGUGGGAGGGAAAUCUCUGAUUGGGAAUGUCAAUUUUCCCAAAAUCAUUCGAAGGGUUCGUGUUGUUCAUUUCGUGACAUUUUGAAAUGAGAAAUGAACUUCCCGUUUCAAUCAUUCUUAUUAUCUCUACAGACUUGACGAAAGCUUUUGGCAAAAGAUGUCCUCGGUAAUCGACGUGAAGAAAGAGCGAGUAUGGACAGCUUUGCUAGAUGGGUUUGAGAAAUAUCUGGCAGUGUUAACAGAAAGGGCAUCACUGAUACAAGAAACAGAUGCCCUCAGACAACAGGUGAGGACAGUGGUAUAAUCCAAAAUUCGUAAAAUAAUGCAAAAAUAACAACGUAAUAGCCUCCCACGCAGACGUUCUUAGGGGUUCGUUACACGUUCCUGCCCCACUGGGGCAGGAACGCGUGACGAAUCCCGAAGAACGUCUGCGGGGGAGGCUAAAAACGUAAUGGAGGCGUGUAUGGCCGAGCGAUCGUAACACCUCGAACUCCGGAUCUAGAGGUCCGGGGUUCAAGCCUCGCCCGUCGCGUUGUUUCCUUCGACAAGAAACUUUACUCCACUUUGUCUCUGUUCACCCAGGGCCCGGUUCCUGGAAAGCAGAUUAGUGCUAAUCCAGGAUUUUGAUCUUUUUUUUGUCUUUACCUUGCUUCCUUUUCAAGUUUCAAUCCAUGUCCGUCCUUGUCAUCCGUAGUAACAAACGACAGGAAACAGUUUCAAUACCUAAAUAAAUUCUUAAAUAACAAAACGCGACCAUUAUUUUUGAAAUUCAGUUGACGCGAAAGACACGUUUUAGGGUGGAAGGAUAGCAAAUGGCGUGUCACGCAACGCUCCUGUCCCUCGCUUGUGGGGAGGAGCGUUGCGUGACGACACUAAAAACGGCUGUGUAGCAGACUAGACAUAGCCUCGUUAACAAAUGUUUUCCUCUUUGUUACUUCAGAAUGCUGAGCUAAGGAUGUUACUCCAUCAGUAUGUGAACUCUAGGGUAAGCAGUACUGAGCUUUGUCCUAGUAUUGUUUUUUUUUUUUUAUAGUCGAACCUUUCCACAACGGCCACUUCGGGGACAGAAAAAAGUGGCCGUUGUGGAGAGGUGGCCGUUAUGGGGAGAGAGGAGUGUUUUGUGACCAUUUAUAACUUUUAUAACUUUUGGCCGUUGUUAAGAGGUUAUUCUGCCGUUGUAGAGAGGUUUAAACUUAGUAGAGUCAACAAAUAGACUGUCCGCCAGGACAAAGAGAAGUGGACGUUGAAGAGAGGUGGCCGUUAGCGGAGGUUUGACUGUAAAAAAUCACAUUUCGGUAAUUUUUGACGUUUACAUGUUUUUAAGGCCUAGCGACUCCACGCGCAAACCUUAGCCAACAUAUGUGUUUCCAAGAAGUUGCUUGUUUCCGUUGUGGGUUCGGUUAUCGCCGAGUUAAAUUCUAAAUUCUAAACCAGAAGAGCUCCUCUGCCCCUAAACUGGCCUUAGUUUAUGUGGGCGUCUUGUCCAAGGCAUAUCCUCAACAUUCAUUAGACGCCCUCUUUGGGGGAAAAACGACAGCAAUAUUAGAUCCGGAUAUGAGGAACAUGUUUUUUUACUUGACGUAGUUUUCUCUAAAACAAAAAGCGAUUUUCCUUGAGGAGCAAAUAGACGGCUUUACUUGAGCGCCAUUAUCUAAGGCUAAACCAAUCACACACGUUUCCUUAGCUGUUCUUAAAUCCCACUCCAAAAAUCGGCUUCAAAUUUUACAUUGGUUACGUCUGUUGUGUUUUCUUUAUUUCAAGCAUUAGUCUUACCAAUGGAAAAUUGCUAUGCCAAACUGUAAGCAGCUAAGUCACUAUGAUGGAAGUGACUAGAUUUGUAUUACUACUUUUAGGUAAACCAAGAACUGGAGAUACCUCCAACAAGAAUACUUCAAGCAGAACUCUCAAAGGAACAUGAAUGAAUGAACGCUACAUGACGUGUCGUUUUUCUGUAGAGAUGUAUCAUAUUUAUUAAAUCCGAAAUCGUUGCUUUUUGAGGAUAAGGCUUCUUGUUUCCUCUUUGCUUUUUCCGCAUAUCGCAUUUGUCCUUUGGUACUGAAAUUGCACAACGCAAGCGAGAGUCACUGCAGCCGUGUAAAUUCUUAAACCAACGCGUGCUGGACACGUUUCACCGCUCGAGGACAUCGAAAGAUUAAAGAAACCACACACUGAAAAGCGACAUUGAUAAAAUCAAUAAAUACAAUACUGAGAAACAGUCCCGC